AUGGCUUCAAACAACUCACCCACGUCUUCUUCAUCUCCUCCAAGGGUAGCUAAAAAGUAUCUCGAAGUAUCAAACGCACCACCUGUGUAUACGUCAGCUGACCAACUUCAUGCAUACUUUGGAAAGUUUGGAGGCUGCUUUGUAGCCGAGACAAUCAUUCAAAUACACUACAAUCUCAUUGGCGAGUAUGUCAAGGCUUCACAAGACCCGAAAUUCCGUCAAGAAUUAGAACAUUUGGGUCGUGAUUAUAUUGGUCGUCCGACCCCAUUGUACCAUGCAAAACGUCUUACGGCCCAUGCGAAAGGUGCUCAGAUUUGGCUUAAACGUGAAGACUUGGCUCAUACAGGAGCCCACAAAAUUAACAAUGCACUGGGUCAAGCUGUACUGGCAAAACGGUUAGGCAAGACCCGUAUUAUUGCUGAAACUGGUGCUGGACAACACGGUGUCGCUACAGCCACAGCUUGUGCACUCUUGGGACUGGAAUGUGUGGUGUAUAUGGGCUAUGUUGACACUCAGCGUCAAUCGCUUAAUGUCUUUCGUAUGAAGAUGCUUGGGGCAAAGGUCGUGGCUGUGAAGAGCGGCUCUCAGACACUUAAAGAUGCAGUUAAUGAAGCAGUCCGUGAUUGGACUACCAAUGUUCACAAUACGCACUAUAUCAUUGGCUCAGCCAUUGGUGGACAUCCGUUCCCGACAAUUGUCCGUGACUUUCAAGCCGUUAUUGGUCGUGAAAUUAAAGCUCAAUUGCAAGAAGAGAUUGGUCGACUUCCAGAUGCUAUUGUGGCGUGUGUGGGUGGAGGAAGCAAUGCUAUUGGCAUGUUUCAUGAUUUCGUAGAAGAUAAAAAUGUAGCCAUGUAUGGGGUGGAAGCUGGUGGUGAUGGAGUCAACACGGCUCGUCACUCGUCGACACUCUCGGGUGGUCGUCCUGGUGUGCUUCAUGGUACAAAGACAUACAUCAUUCAAGAUGCUGCUGGCCAGGCCAUGGAAACACACUCGGUGUCUGCUGGUUUGGAUUAUGCGGGUGUUGGACCCGAGCACGCAUUUUUGAAAGAUUCGGGCCGUGCUACGUAUGUGAGUGUGACUGACAAGGAGGCACUGGAGGCUUUUCAGCUUAUGUCGGAGUAUGAAGGAAUCAUUCCGGCACUCGAAACCGCACAUGCAGUAUACUACGGCCUGAAACUGGCCUCCACACUGUCUUCUGAUCAAGUAGUGGUCAUUAACAUCAGUGGCCGUGGCGACAAGGAUAUGUUGCAAGUCGCAAAGGUGCUCGGUGUCAAUCUCAACGAUGAUCUCACGGAUAUGUAA